UAUGAACUAAUAUCCAAUCUUCUAUUGGCAUUUUUUAUAGUGAUAAUUUUGGCAGCUAUUCUGCAGAGCAAAGAAGGAAGUGGUCAGCCUAGAAAAAUUACAGUACGAAAGGGAGCAGUUGGAGCUGAUCAUGAAGUGUGUUCCAGAAUUGGAAAGGACGUACUAGUAGAUGGUGGAUCUGCUGUCGAUGCUGCUAUUGCUACUCUGUUAUGUAACGGUGUCAUGGCACCUCACAACAUGGGGAUAGGUGGAGGUUGUUUUAUGGUUAUAUACGAUGCACAGAACAAGAAAACAUUAGUGGUAGAUGGACGUGAGACAGCACCGUUAAGUUCUUCACAAGAAACAUUUGUAAACGAAUCCGGUUACAUAGGUAAGGUUAAUGUAGAACUUAAGGAUAUAACAGGGCCUCAACAAGACUCUAGAAAUAAAGGAUCUAACAGUUCAUGUGAAAUUUUCUGUGAUGAGAUGGGAAAUAGUCUACCAGAAGGAACCUUUGUUCAGUGGCCCAGACUAGCAGAAACUUAA